UGACCCUGCAGCGACACACCGAGGGACGGCAGCCCGGCUAUGGCUGCGCUCUGGCGGCGCUGCUGUCUUUACUUCCUGCUGCUCCUGCCCGCGGCCUCGGCCACCUCCACCUUCCGGAGGCCAGUCUGCGAUUGCAGUGGGAAGUCCCGGCAAUGCAUCUUUGAUCAGGAACUUCACAGACAGACGGGAAAUGGAUUCCGCUGCCUCCACUGCCAGGACAACACGGACGGCGUGCACUGCGAGAGGUGCAAGGAAGGGUUCUAUCGGCAGAGAGAACGAGACCGCUGCUUGCCCUGCAAUUGUAACUCCAAAGGUUCUGUAAGUGCCCAAUGUGACAACUCUGGACGGUGCAGCUGUAAACCAGGUGUGACAGGGGACAGAUGUGACCGAUGUCUGCCAGGCUUCCACAUGCUCACCACCGCUGGCUGCACUCCAGACCAGAGACCCUUAGACCCCAAGUGCGACUGUGACCCAGCUGGCGUCAGUGGGCCCUGUGACACCAAUGGCCGUUGUGUCUGCAAACCAGCUGUCACGGGAGAACGCUGUGAUAGGUGUCAUCCAGGUUAUUAUCAUCUGGAUGCGGGAAAUCCUGAGGGCUGUGCCCACUGUUUCUGCUACGGGCAUUCGGCCAGCUGCCACAGUUCGGAGGAUUACAGCAUCCACAAGAUCACCUCCAGUUUCCAGCAAGAUGUUGAGGGCUGGAAGGCUGUCCGAAGAAGCGGGUCUCCUGCGAAGCUUCAGUGGUCCCAGAAGCACCUGGACGUGUUUAGCUCUUCCCGACGAGCAGACCCUGUCUAUUUUUUAGCUCCAGCCAAAUUUCUCGGGAAUCAGCACAUAAGCUAUGGACAAAACCUGUCCUUUGACUUCCGCGUGGACAGGGGAGGCAGACACCCAUCUGCCCAUGAUGUGAUCUUGGAAGGUGAUGGUUUGCAGAUCACGGCUCCCUUGAUGCCCCUUGGCAAGACGCUACCUUGUGGGAUCACCAAGACUUACACGUUCAGAUUGAAUGAACAUCCUAGCAGUCAUUGGAGGCCCCAGCUGAGCUAUUUUGAGUAUCGUCGGUUACUGCGAAACCUCACAGCCCUCCGGAUCCGAGCGACCUACGGAGACUACAGUACUGGCUACAUUGACAACGUGACCCUGGUUUCAGCCCGCCCUGUCUCCGGAGCUCCAGCACCUUGGGUUGAAAACUGCCUGUGUCCCGUUGGGUACAAGGGCCAGUUCUGCCAGGAUUGUGCUUCUGGAUACAAAAGAGAUUCAGCGAGGCUGGGACCUUUUGGAGCCUGUAUUCCAUGCAACUGCCAAGGAGGAGGAGCCUGCGAUCCAGACACAGGAGAUUGCUACUCGGGGGAUGAGAAUCCUGACGUCCAGUGUGCCGACUGCCCCAUUGGCUUCUACAAUGACCCUCAUGACCCCCGCAGCUGUAAGCCCUGCCCUUGUCGCAACGGGUUCAGCUGCUCGGUGAUGCCCGAGACGGAGGAGGUGGUGUGCAAUAACUGUCCCCUCGGCAUCACCGGUGCCCGCUGUGAACUCUGUGCGGAUGGAUACUUUGGGGACCCCUUUGGGGAACAUGGCCCAGUGAGGCCCUGUCAGCCCUGCCAGUGCAAUGGCAAUGUGGACCCCAGUGCCUCUGGGAACUGUGACCGGCUGACAGGCAGGUGUCUGAAGUGCAUCCACAACACCACCGGCUUCUACUGUGACCAGUGCAAAGCCGGAUACUUUGGGGAUCCUUUGGCCACCAAUCCAGUGGACAAAUGUCGAGCGUGCAAUUGCAACCCCAUGGGCCUGGAGUCUGUGGAGUGUCGAGGUGACGGGAGCUGUGUCUGCAAGCCCGGAUUUGGAGGUCUCCACUGUGACCAUGCAGCGCUAACCAACUGUCCAACAUGCUACACCCAAGUCAAGAUUCAGAUGGAUCAGUUUAAGCACCAACUCCAGGCCCUAGAAGCCCUGAUGGCAAAGGCUCAGGGCGGUGGCGCAGUACCCAAUUCGGAGCUGGAGGGCAGGAUGCAGCAGGCUGAGGAGGCCCUCCAGGACGUUUUAAGAGACGCCCAGGUUUCUGAAGGCAUGAUUAGAUCCCUAAAUCUCCAGCUGGCCAAAGCAAGGAACCAAGAGCACAGCUUCCGGAACCGUCUGGAUGAACUCAAGCUGAUGGUGGAGCGGGUCCAGGCCCUGGGCAGUCAGCAUCAGGCCCGCGUCCAGGAGAUCCGCCGACUCCUCUCUCUGAUGCGCCUGAGCCUGGCAGAGAGUGAAGCUUCACUUCGGAAUGCCAACAUUCCUCCAGCUGAGCACUACAUCGGGCCAAACAGCUUUAAAAGCCUGGCUCAGGAAGCCCAGAAACUGGCAGACAGUCAUGUUGAGUCGGCCAGUAGCAUGGAACAGCUGGCCAGGGAGACAGAGGACUUUUCCAAGCAAGCGCUACUGCUGGUGCGCAAGGCUCUGAGGGAAGGCGGAGGGAGCGGCGGUGGCCCGGACAGCUCCGCGAUGCAAGGGCUUGUGGGAAAAUUGGAGAAAACAAAGUCCCUGGCGCAGCAGUUGGUGAGGGAGGCCACCCAUGUCGACACGGAAGCGGAUAGAUCCUAUCAGCAAAGUGUCCGCCUGCUCGGCACAGUGUCUCAGCUUCAAGGGGCCAGUGAGCAGUCCUUUCAGGCAGAAGCGAAGAAGAUCAGACAAAAAGCUGAUACCCUCACCAGCCUGGUGACCAGGCACAUGGAUGAGUUCAAGCGUGUGCAGAGAAACCUGGGAAACUGGGAAGAAGAGGCCCGGCGGCUCCUACAGAACGGAAAGAACGGGAGACAGAAAUCAGAACAGCUGCUCUCCCGUGCUAACCUUGCUAAAAACAGAGCCCAAGAAGCACUAACUAUGGGCAAUGCCACCUUUUACGAAGUUGAGAACAUCUUAAAGAACCUCAGAGAGUUUGACCUGCAGGUUGGAGACAGGAAAGCGGAAGCUGAGGAGGCCAUGAAAAAGCUUGCUUACAUCAGCCAGAAGGUUGCAGAUGCCAGUGACAAGACCAAAGAAGCAGCAGCAGCUCUAGGCAGUGCUGCUGCUGAUGCCACGCGGGCAAAGAAUGCAGCCAGCGAGACCCUGGGGAUCACCAUUGAGAUAGAACAGGAUAUAGGGAAUCUGAACUUGGAAGCCAAUGUGACAGCAGAUGGAGCCUUGGCCCUGGAGAAGGGACUGGCCACGCUGAAGAGGGAGAUGAGGGACGUGGAAGGAGAGCUGGCAAGAAAGGCACAGGAGUUCAGCACGGACAUGGAUGCAGUGCAGAUGGUGAUUAUAGAAGCCCAGAGAGUCGACUCCAGGGCCAAGAACGCUGGAAUGACAAUCCAAGACACACUCAGCUCACUGGAUGGCAUCUUACACCUGAUAGACCAGCCCGGGGCUGUGGAUGAAGAGAGCCUGAACUUACUGGAGCAGAAGCUUUUCCGAGCCAAGAGCCAGAUCAACGGCCAACUGCGGCCGGUGCUGUCCGAGCUGGAAGAGAGGGCACGUCGGCAGAAGGACCACCUCCUUUCCCUGCAGAGGAGCAUAGAUGGGAUUCUGGCUGAUGUGAAAAACCUGGAGGACAUUAGAGAUAACUUGCCCCCAGGCUGCUACAACACUCUGGCUCUUGAGCAACAGUGAAGCUGCCAUCGAGAUUUCUCAAUUUAGGAUCUUGGGACACAGACUUUAGGGCUCCGGAGCCAGCUCAUGUGGGUGGGGUGGGGUGGGGACAUUGGGAC